UGCAUUUUCGAUUGGUGCCCGUUACAGGUGACGGUCAGUUCUUCUCCUUCCGUUGAGUUCAAAUUUGGUUUUCCUGUUUAGCUUUUGAAUCUAUAAAUCCAUGGCUGAUGAAUCUAGAAUUAUCUUGAAGGCCUUAGUGAACAAGGGGAACAACAGAAUCUUAUUUAUAAAGUCUGGUUGUGAUUUUGUUAAGACCCUUUUCAGUUUCUUGUCAAUCCCCAUAGGAACUAUUAUCAGGCUUGCCCAUAAUCACUCAGUGCCGGUGGGAAUAGGUUGCAUGAACAAUUUGUAUGCAAGUGUUGAGAGCAGUGAUGUGCAGCAUUUCCGUACUGAAGCUUGUAGGGACAUGCUGCUAUGCCCCCGCAGUCGAGCAGGAGCCACUUUGAAGAACCUCAAGCAUAACGUUGAGGACCAUGAGACCACACGGUACUUCAGGUGCCCUAAUGAGUCUUGCCAAAGCUCCUCAACCAAGUUGAUUAGCUAUUACAGCAGUGUUCGUUGUCGUUGUGGACAUCUAAUGGACAAAGAGAUCAACCUUUCAGUUAAAGUUGGUGAUAAGGUGUUUGUAAAAGGACUUUCCACACUUAUUAUCACUGAUGAUUUACAAGUCAUGGCCCAAGGAACUCCAGCAAUUUCUGUUUUCGUUGAGAAGCUUAGAAGCAUGGAUCCGAAUACUAUUAAGGAAGUGACUCUGAAUAUUGGAGUUAUUGAGGUUUUGAAUCUGCUCAUGUGCUCAUUUGUAUCUAAGACACCCUUGACUGAUAUAUUUCUGAAGCAUACAGUAGCAGAAGUGAAGAAUACUGGUAAUCUACCAAUACACACACACUCUUAUUCACAAAUGCCGCAAGACACAAUGAGUGAUGGUGCUACAAUGUCUGUGCAGCUUAUAGUUAGCAAGUCUAAGAAGGUGGUUUGUUAUGCAGAAGCAGGGGAAGAUUUUGUUAAUUUUCUUUUCAGCUUCCUAAUUCUUCCACUUGGUUUUAUUUUAAAACAAAUUCGUUUUGGUACUUUAAAAGGAUGUAUGGAUCACUUAUACAGAAGUGUCCAGAAUCUUGAUGAGAAAUUCUUGAGAUCUCAGUUCUGCAAUGAACUGCUGCUUAGUCCCAAGCUUCCUCCUCGGUUUUGCUACGAAAAUCACCCUUUAGGAAUUGGAGUGGCAUCAUUUCGUUUUGAGUCAGCUGAAAUUGUGGAUCCUAAAUCUCACUCGAACGAAAUGGUUUGUGAUCAAGGAUUCUUAAAAGGGCCAGCCAUGUUUUUGGUAACUGACAGUCUAGUUGUAACUCCAAUAUCUCCCAUCUUUGGGCUACCUAUUCUGAAUGAACUAAAUGUACCUAUCACUGAUAUUGAGGUGAAGUCAGUCAAUGUGGGUAAAGAGGAGGUUUACCAGGGUAGCAUAUUCUCAUCAGACCUUAAUCUCCUGAUUGUGAACAUAGAAAAGAAGUCAAAGCGACAAGUUUACUUGAAAUUUACAAUCUAUAUGGCUGAUACAUCCAACAGCAUUAGCUUGAAAGCCAUGGUGGACAAAGCUAGUAACCAAAUUAUCUUUGUGGAGUCUGAUAGUGAUUUCAUUGAUGUUAUCUUUAGUUUCUUAACAAUACCCAUGGGAAACCUUAUCAGGCUGGCCCCGAAUCAAUCAAUAUUGGGCAUUGGUUGCAUGAAUAAGUUGUAUUCAAGUGUUAAGAAUAUGGAUGUGAAGCAUUUACAAACUGAAGCCUGUAAAGACAUGUUGCUAUCUCCCCGGAGUGUGGCUGAGUCUCAAUGCAAGAACCUCAAAGUGAAGAUUGACAAGGAUGAGGCUACACAGUUCUUUAUGUGCUCACAUAACAGAGUUGAUUGCAAGUUAAGUUAUUGCAAAUUUGAUUCUUGUGCUAGUUGUGGAGGAAGCAUAAAUAAGGAGAAAAAUCUUCUAGUGACUGAUGGAGGUGUGUUUGUGAAAGGACUAUCCAGGCUCAUAAUUAGUGAUGAUUUAAAAGUGAUUCCACCAUUAACUGCAGCAGGCCUGCCUCUUUGUGCAAAGUUUGGAGUCAUGGAUGGGAAUGCUACUGAGGAGGUGACGAUCAAUGUGGGAGUUGAUGAGGUUCUGAAUUUGCUUAUGCGCUCAAUAGCAUCAAAGACACCUUUGACAGAAUCUCUGCUGAAGAGUAAACCAAGACUAAAAUUUUGCAAUAAAAAUCAAAGAAUACAUACCGAACCUCAAAUGGCAAAAGACAAUACACUUUCUGAAGGAACCAUUUCUAUCAGGCCUAUAGUGAGCAAAUCAAAGAAGAUGGUUUGUUACGCGGAAGCAGGGGAGGGUUUUGUUAAUUUGCUCUUAAGUUUCUUAAAUAUUCCGCUGGGGUUUAUUGUUAAACACAUGGGUAAUUGCUCAUCGCAAGGAUGCAUUGAUCAGUUGUACAAGAGUGUCCAGGAUCUUGAUGAUCAGUAUAUAUUGUCAAGCUACCACAAAGAAAUGCUACUCACUCCUAAACUUGUCCCUGGGUUUUGCUAUGAGAACCAUCUAUUAGGCACUGAGGAAGCCACAUAUUAUUAUGCUGGUUCAACAGGUUUUCUGUCUACUGAUAAGGCCCUUCUUGCUACUCGAACUGCCCAAGCUACUAAAUCUAUCAGGUCAUACUGCAGUCAAGAAAGUGCGCUCACUUCAAUAAGGCCAAUUGCUGUUAGGGAUCCCAAAGCCAACCAUCACGAACAUAAAAGUGCUCAAGCUCAAGGGUAUUUGAAAGGACCAGCAAUGUUCACAGUGACUGACGAUUUGGACAUAAGACCUGUAUCUCUAAUCCUUGGCCUGUCUCUUCUGAACAAAUUGGAGGUACCUUUGACUGACAUUGAAGUGCAAACAGUGCAGGUGCACAAAGAGGAGGCCUUGCAUCUUCUGGUAGCUUCUUUUCUUGGUGACUCUGCUCUAACUGAUACCUUCGUUAGGAAGCCAGAGCAAAACAAAAGGAUUAAGCAAGAACAGUGAUGCAGAUGGAAUUUAGGGAGCCAGAGGAAAAACAACAUAUAGCAAGUAUAACCUAGUCGGCUGCAUUUUGGUGUUAGAAUACUUCCAUGG